ACAUCACAAUCAUAUCCUCGCGAUUCUGCGAUCACGGCCUGAUCGAAAUAAGCAGGGGCCGUCAAAGAUCUCCACCCGGUGUUUCUACUGGAUGAUGCAUCAUUUCUCCUUGCAGUGCUAGUACAGGCCAAGCAUACACCUUCUUCCGAUAAUCAUCUCAAGGUCCACCUGUUCAGACUCCAGCUCAUUCUCGAGCAUCCCUCUCCCGAGUAUCACAAUGAUCACGACAGAAACAGCUACCCAGGAUGGCUCAGACGGCAUAUACUGCAGAGAACGCAACUUCAACAUACCUGAGGAUAUUACUUUGCCGCAGUUCAUGUUCGAUCAUAACCACCCUUCGCAACUGCACCACCCGCCUCACCAUCCAUGGCUAAUCGAUUCUGUGUCUGGUCGUAUGUUCUCGGCACGAGAGCUCCAAGACCGUAUUUGGGCUGUAGUGAACGCGUUAAACGUACGAUUUGACUUAGACAAUGUGGUUGACCCUAUAGUCGGAAUCAUCAGUGCAAACCAUGUCGAUUAUCCUCUCAUUGUCUGGGCCUCUCACAGAGCUGGCGCAUCGGUGUUCGUCACGAAUCCAGCUUUCAAGACCGAAGAAUUACUUCCGCAACUCCGCGAAGCCAGACCUCACGUCCUAUUCGUGCACCAGGAAUCACUUUCGAACGUCCGUGAAGCCUGCCUCGGAUGCGAUCUCUCACUUGAUUCUAUCAUCCUCUUCGACCCGCCCAACAACGCCUUCUGUCCUCGAAGUACAGAGAACCCGAAGACGGUCGAAGAUCUCAUCCAGUUUGGCCUAAAACACGAGAAAUGCCACCAAUUUAAGGAACGGAAACUCUGUAAAGGGGAGGGACUCAAAAAGAUGGCGUUCUUGUUCCCUUCAAGUGGAACUACGGGGAUUCCGAAGUUGAUUCAAUUGUCGCAUUAUGCUUUUAUCGCAAAUGUGUUGCAGGCUGUGGUUCAUGAUGCUGGAUCGGCGAGUAAUCCUAUACCAUUUGAGCGCCGGCGACAUCACCCUGGAGAUGUCACUUGUGCUCCUCUUCCCUUCUUUCAUGUCCUUGGUCUUUUGAUCAAUCUUCACUACCAGUUAUUCUUCGGAAUGACCGUUGUGGUCGUUCCCAAGUUUCACACUCAAGACUUCCUUCGAACGAUUCAGGAGUAUUCCGUCACCCACCUAACACUUGUCCCACCCAUGAUCGUCCUCUUCACAAAGUACCUUGCCCCGAACGCCCGAGAACUUCGGACUGUCAAGGUGGCGUACGUCGGUGGCGCCCCUCUCGACAACGCUCUUGUCACUCGUCUUUCUGCUCUGAUACCCAAUGCCGUCAUUGGGCAAAUGUACGGCAUGACCGAAGGAGGUGCCAUGACGGGUCCCUCUCUAGACACUAAAAUUCCCGCCCUGAGUGCUCCAGAGUCGGGAAUCAGAUCCGCAAGCGUAGGAAAGAUGUUUCCUGGAAAUGAGUGGAAGGUGAUUAAGAUAGACGGCUCACUGGCGAGGAGGGGGGAGAAGGGCGAGCUCUGGGUGAGGACGCCGGCGAUGGCAAGUGGGUAUAGGAACAACGUAGAUGCAUCAUCAGAUACGUUCGUGGAUGGUUGGCUUCGCACAGGCGAUGAAGUCUUCUUCGACCAGAAUGAUGAGAUGUUCCACGUCCAACGUCUCAAGGACUUUAUGAAAGUCAAAGGCUUCCGCGUCAAUCCCAUCGAGAUCGAGGGACACUUGCUUGAACACCCCGAUAUCCUCGACUGUUGUGUCGUACCCGUCCCCGACGAAUUCAGCUACGAGCUCCCGAAGGCGUUCGUGGUAUUGACGGAAGAGGCGAAAGAAAAGUUGCGAGUGGUGCGAUCCGGCUCGAACGAUGGGCAGGCCGCUGAGGACGCGUUGAAGGAUAAACUGAUACAGUACGUUGCGGACCACAAGAUUGCAUACAAGCAUCUCGCUGGAGGCGUCGAGUUCUGCGACGAAAUACCGAAGACGUCUUCAGGGAAACUCCUUCGCCGGGUGUUGCGCGACAGGCCCACGGAAAAAGUCCCGACUUAGACACAGUCCUACUGAUGCUCGAGCGUGUAGAAGUAGGCAAUCUAACUUGUGGGCAGACGUAGUAGCUCUUCAGUGGAAAGAGAUCGCAGAGCGAACACUGAGAUAAAAUGCAAAUAUGAUUCUACUGCAUCCCUCGAGCGAUCUAGGAGUAAAAUAUGUACAAAUCUAGUCUAUGGUCUCACCUUGUGUCUACGAAUCUAUGAUCUAUUUUUGCCGUUUCCUCUCCUCCCGUUCCUCCGCCCUCUUCCGCCAUGAGUCACCCUUAUACAAAACUACCAGCAGUAAGAGUUCCAGUACGACAAUGAGGCCGGCCCAAAGUGUAUACAGUCCCCCAUCCCCGAUCGCAUCCUGUAUGGGAACGACGAUCUCUGCAAACACGAAUGCGCACGACCCACGAAAAGCGCUGUUGGUGGCCACUGCAGAGCCAGAGCGACCAACAUUGGCGUCCACGAUGUAGGAAAGGGUGCUCAUGUAUAUCCAUAUUGAGAAGAAACCGAUGAAGAACAACGCCACACAUAUAGAGGCUAUGUGAAUACGCUCCUCAGCGAGCCAAGCAUAGGCGAGGACACAAGGAGGAAGAAGAAACAUGGCUGGUAUCGUGCUUCGAAUGCGGACCUCAGGUGGCACCUGGCCUCCGUGCUCGAUGCUGGGCUUCCACUGUCGGAGAACAUGAUCGGACCACCGCCCUCCGAGGACACUACCGAGUAUGUUUCCGACACCGUACGGAAUGAGAACAAGCCCAGUUUGAAGAGCAUUGUACUUGUACACGUUUGAUAGCGUUAGAGCGCAGGUAUAUGAAAUAGAGUACGCAAAGCCAUAGUCCAGACCAGAAGCAAUCAACACGAUGAGGUUAUUCCAUCUUGAGAGCACGGAAAGUAGAGGUGGUAUUGGGUUUACGUCCCGGAUCGAGAGUUUGACUUCGCCGACAUCCAGCGUGACUGUAGAUGAAUAGGCAGGCGAGGGCACCGGGUGAGGACUCGAUGUCGAAGGGACGUCCAAUGGCAAAGACGGAAGCGCCCCUAUGUUGGAUAGAUCCUUGCUUUUCGGCUCGCCGGCACCAACUACGGUUUUGUCGUCCUUCUCGCACACCUCGACGACGUUUCUUUCCCUCUCACGCUCCAUUUCGCUAAUCACUCUCCCCAAUGCCACUUGAUACGCCACGCUUCGCUCUUUCCUGAAAGUGUCUCUGAAUGCACCUACAAAAACUAAUAGACAACCACCCAUAAAUAUCGUCAAGAACCAGAACGUGGCUCUCCACGAGAAGUACUGGGUGAGCAGUCCGCCGAUAAUCGGGCCUAGUGCUGGGCCUAGGAGAGGUGCAGAGACGUAUACCCCCAUCAUUGUGCCGCGAACAGAGGGCUCAUAGAUGUCGGCAAGGGUGGCCAAUGGCUUGUGCACAUCGCAUGCCUAUCAGCACACCUAUCGACCGAGCUUCUGCUGCCACAAUGCAGCCGACGAAGCCAAUAGAGACUGAUAUUAUGUAUAC